UGGCGUUGUAAAUGUUGAGUAAAUGUAAACACAUAGUUUAAGAUAUGGUUACAAGGGAAAUAUAUUUCUCAUUUGAAUAAAUGAAGUGCAGAAUUAUACCAUAAAUCUUUUACAACAUGCUUGAUCUUGAGGUUGUUCCAGAAAGAUCCCUUGGAAACGAACAAUGGGAGUUUGUUUUGGGCAUGCCUUUUUAUCAAGCUGUGAACAUUUUAAAAAGACAAGACCGUGCAAUCAAAGGUGUUCAAGUAUGGUACAGUGACCAGCUACCAUUACGCAUGGACUUGGUUUUAAAUUUAUCCCAUGAUGGCAUCAGGCUCAUCUUUGAUCCUGUUUCUCAAAGACUAAAGAUGAUUGAAGUCAAUAGUAUGGGAAAAGUCAAAUUGAAAUACUGUGGAGUUCAUUUUAACACACCACAAGUUCGACCAACCAUAGAACAGAUCGAUCAGUCAUUUGGAGCAACUCAUCCUGGAGUGUACAUAUCAGAAAAACAGUUAUUUGUGUUAAAUUUCCGAGGUCUUUCAUUUGAUUUUCCCAUAGAUUCCAAAUUUGAGCCAAAGUAUGCCCAUGGCUUGGGUUCCUUACAGUUCCCUAAUGGAGCAUCACCCACUGUAUCUAGGAUGUGUAUAUAUGCUGGUAACAGUGUCUCUGAUACCAAAGCACCCCCCUUAUCUAUAGCAUGUUUUCAUGGAAAUUGUUUCCUAGAUUGUUUGGAAGUUUUGCGUGAAAAUAAUGCUACCAUAGGUCUUAAAUUUUUACUAGUCACAGAAGGCAGUGGACCUGGUAAACUUGUUGAUCCCAGGAAAAAAACAGUUGAAAGAAUAGUUAAAUUUGGAGAUAGUUGUCAGGAUGUUGUUAGUGCCUUAGGAUGUGCUAGUAAAGUUUUCUACAAGUCAGAAGACAAAAUGAAAAUCCAUUCACCUGAAGCACACAAAAGAGUUCGCUCCCGUAGUGCUGAUUAUUUCUAUAAUUAUUUUACCUUGGGAUUGGAUAUAUUAUUUGAUGCCAAUACUCAUAAAGUUAAAAAGUUUAUACUACAUACUAAUUAUCCUGGUCAUUAUAAUUUUAACAUGUAUUGUAGAUGUGAAUUUAAACUGCCAGCUGUAAUGGAGAAAGUCAAGCAACCAUUAUUAUCUACUUUAGAUGAAGAUGAACUAGUCAUAACAGCAUAUUCUAAGUGGAAUGACGUACAGAAAUGGUUAUUAAAACCAUCAGAACAACCAGUUAUAUUAAACCGCUCUUCUUCUACUAAUACCAGCAAUCCCUUCGCUCCUACCUUCUGUUACGGUGUUCAUGAUAUUAUAUUUGAGGUCAUGCAGAAUCAACAUAUAGCAUCAGUUACUAUUUAUCAGUCCAAAGAAUCCCUCUCUUGAUGUUAUACCAUGACAUUUUAUUGGCUACACAUAGACCAAUGAAAGAGGCUUUUAUAUAGAAACAGCCCAUCUCAGGCCACUUUUCAUAUUCACUUUAAUGGGAUGUAUAUAUAACUGAACAUUUACUACAAUAAUUUGUCAAUUUUCAUCUCUCAAAGAGGUUUCCCUCUUUUUCUUUUUUUUUUGUGGUGUAGGUAUUUGAAGCUCAUGAUAUUUACAAUAGAACAUCAGAUUGUAAAAUUUUUUUAAUAGAUAUUAGUAGAAAUGUGUUUUUUAAAAAUAUAUUAUUAUGAGUGUGUACUUACCAUUUUGAGUGUAAUAUAAUAUAUAUUAUAAAACCUCAUUUGUAUAUAUGACCAAUAGUAAGAGAAAAUAACAAAAAAUAUUGUAUUCUCCUCUCUGUGAUAUUAAUAUAUAGUCGUCAAUUAAAUGGGAAGUUUUUAUUUUUGUGUUGGCUUUUAAGUGUUUUUUUCUCUUCGAUAAACAAAAAUAUGCGAUACUUACUGAAGUUUCAAUUUAUAAAAUACACCUUUAUUGAAAGUAAUCCUAAUAGUGCUAAUAGAUGAGAUAGUUUUAUAUUUGGCUUAACGGUAAGUGUAAAUGUUUAGUAAGUUGGUAAGUGUAAGAUAAGCUUAUACGUGUCCUUAGAAUGCAAUUUAUACAUUCUUUCCAUUUUCCAUGAUAUUCUCUGUAACAUUUAAUUUAUGUAGCUUCAUGUACAUUUAAAAAUUUUUAUUUAGGAACAAUAAUUAGCUAACAUAGCAUUAUUUGAUUUUAACAAACCUAAUUAAUAGAUAUUGAUUUUAAUUUAACAUCUGAUGAUGUGGCAUGACAAAAUUCCAAUUUAGUGUGUCUCUAAUUACAACCUAAUACCUUGAAACACAUUAAAAUACAACUUACAAAGACAGAAACAAAUUGAGAAAUAUAUUUUAUGGAUAGAUUAUUUAUGAAUUAUAUAUUUUAUGCUUUUUUUUUUAAUUAUAAAGAUGAUUAGUUUUAUUAUGUAUAUACGUUUUUUUUUUUAAUUCAAAGUAUUAGUUGGACUCAAGUAGUCGAAUAUUUUAGAUAUUGAAAAAUUAAUUUCAAUUAUAACUAUUUGAGCUUGCAUUGUAGGAAGAAUAUUCUAGUUAGAUUCGUUGAAAAGACAGUUGCUAAUUUAUUUUCGCACCAAAGGGCAUUUAAAAGCAAAUCAACUAUUGCUAAUUUAUUUUGGCACCAAAGGGCAUUUAAAAGCAAAUCAACUAUAAAAAUCCUUUCAGGUUCUGCAUUUCUCUAACCUCCGAAUCUUAGCUCAUUAAUAAAAAAUAAUCAAAUAUAUUUACAUGUACUUGUCUAUUUUCCGAUAUAUAUCCAAAUUUUUGAAUAACAAAAAAAAUUUUUUUUAUUGAUUGUGGUGUAUGAUUUGAUUAUAAUAAAUAUGUAGAGGAAAAAAAUAAUAUAAUUAUAAAGUAAAAUAUUGUAAUCAGCCAAAAAAAAAAUACAAUUUAUAAAAAUAGAAAAUAUGAGAGUUAUUGCAUGCAAAUUAUAAUUGUCACUUCUUGCAUGAUAUUUUAAAUAAAAAGUUAUUCAAGCAGAAAAUUAUAAUUUCAUUUACAUCAUUGACUACUGCUAUUCUAUUUUAUCAGUUAUAUAUCAGGAUGGGCAAUCUAUAUAUAGAUAUAUAUGGCAGCACAUAUAAUUAAUAAGAUAUAUCUUUAAUAAUUCUGUGCAGUUUUAAAAAUACAUUAUAUAACGUCAAAUGCAUUUAUUAGUUACCUAUAUGUACUUAAUAAGUUAAUGGAUUAAAAGAAAAAAAACCCUAACACCUUGUUAAUGAGAAAAUAUGAUAGAAGUUAAAGAUAUGUGUUCUGGGGAUAUUCUUUGUCUGUUUUAUUAGCCAUUUGAAAAAAUUUUAUUCAACUACUAGCCACUUUGUGUGAGGGGGUGGGAAAUGAAAGUGUAUCUUUGUUGGGUUUAUGAUGAUUGGGGGCCAUUUCGCCUUCAUAAUCUUAAAUUUAUGAGUGAACAUGUGAUGCAAGCUGCUGCUCUGGAUGACUAGCUUUCAACGUCAUCUUUUAGUUUGCUUACGAAAUGAUCAGUAAUCCCCCCAGUCAUUGGAAAUAGCAGUAAUGUCAAUAGAUGAUUGGAAAAUCAGUCGAGCUACAUUAGAGAUAUACCCAUGAGAGAUAUACCCAAUCUGGCAUGACAUCUAUAUUGAGAGGCGAUUGAAAACAAUUUUGACAAAGGAUACACAUACAUAAUAUCAUUGAAUAUAAUAUCUGUGAAAUAAAUUUAUCUAUAACUGAUCAACCCCUUUUAGAAAAUAACACCUUGUAUCUUUGAAAUCAGAACAACACUUGGUAAUGUUGUCUGAAUUAUAUAUAAGCAUAUCUGUGAAAUUCCUGAAAACGACAUAAACAUCCAUGUAUUUAUAUUGUUUAAUUAUUAUCUAAUUAUAAAUUAUUUAAACUGAUGAAAUUCCCUCCGUGUUAAUAAAUGUACGUACUAUAAGCAAGCACUGUUUCAUGAUAUUACGAUAUUAAACUUAUUGCGUUAAUAUUAUAGAAUUGUUUGUGUUUUAGGAUGUACUGUAAUUGAUAAAUGUUGGUGUAUAUGUAUUUUAUUUAAUGUUCUUACAAUGUAAAAUAUGUGUAAUGAUAAAAUGUAUCAUAUGCUUGAGGUGAUAUCUGCAGUGCAAUGAAAACUAAUCAAUUUAUUGGAUGUUAGAAAGCCAAUGAUUUCAAAUACAUCUUUUAACAUUUUUAGAUAAAAAAAAAAACAUUUUUGUGAUAGAUAUAAUGAAUUUGAAUUUGAUGUUUAAAAUAACAGUAUGAUUGUCCCUUAGAAAAGACUGUACAAAAUGAUGUAUUAUUAUAAUACUAUGUAUUUGUAUUUAAACCUGCAUUUUUCAUAUCUUUAAAACAAAAAGUCACAUUCCUGGAUCAUUAUAAAAAGUUGUCAGAAUACUGGAUUUUAGAUAUGUAGUUGCCCAGAAUCACUAGCAUUUUAUCCUUUAAAAUACCAUGGUUUUAUUAUCAUUUAUCUUAAAUACAAUCUCAUACAUUAUACUUAUUGGUUCAUGUUUAUACAUAUACAUGUAGUUUGUAUGCUAUAAUAUGCUGUACAUAGCUGUAUUUAUACUGUGUACAAAAACAGUUUUACAAAUAAAUAUAAACAUUUAUCAUAAUAUUACUAUUAUUACCUUCAAACAACAAUAUCAUAUUGGGAGAUUGUGUACAUGUAAAUUGCUCUAUGCAAACUUUAAAGAAAAAAGCUCAUUAUCUCAAUAUUAGCAACUUUGACCCUCUGUUUGAUAAACGUGAAGGAAAUACAGACUAGAUGUAAACUAUAUUUUGAUAUGAUGUUAAAGUGAUACUAAUAUCUGUGAUGUUUAAUUUUGGAGGUCGUAUAUAUAAUAUCAGUGAAAGUUGAAAGAUAGUUUUUCUUACGAGCAGAUGUAACAAUGCCUUAGAUACUCUUUUAGAUGCUAUUCUGGGGGAAUUAGAAAGUUACCUAUAUAAAUUCUGUGUUGUUAUGUUAUCAUCAAUCACGCCAGUCCGUCUGUCCACAAUCAAAAAUCUACUUUGAAACAGUUAGUGAUGGUAGGAAGCUGGGUCACCUAUACCAUAGCUUUCAGUUUCUGGAGGGAUUGGACUAUUUGCUGGUAACUGUUUUAGUAUUCCUCUUACUCUAAGUUAUAUAUAACAGUGCUUCAUGGGUUUUUUCGGCUUUUAAUACAUAAAACCACUGUUUUAAUAAGAUUUCACAUAUAAUGUGUUUGAUUAAUUUAUAAAGUGUGUUUUAUAGAAAUAUUCCGUUUUAAUAAAAUAGCAUUAUCGUUGAAUGUGUUUGAAGAUUCUUUCAGUAUUGUUAAACAGUCUGUCAUAUCAAAAACGAAUACUGUGUUUCACACAAGCAGCAGAUACAAAGAAACCCACAAGAUAAUUAGAAUGUAACAUAUAUAAUCACAAAGGAUGUUUUUCAUAAAAUUUUAUACCUGUAUAUAGCAAAAUGUUAUUUUAUGGAUGCUUAUUUGUAGUUUCAAAAACAAGGCAUUAAAUUUCACUAUUAUUUUCAUUAAAUCUAUAAAGAAAAACAAAAAAAUAAAUUUAAUUGUUUAAGGUCUAUAUUAAAGUAACUAUUAACAAACAUUUAUUUCUUAAAUCACAUGUGUCUUUAAAACUCAGUUAAGAUUAAUAUUCAUUUUUUGCACAUAUCAACACAAAAAGGAUAUUUUCUUUAUAAUCAUAGAAUUAAGAUCUCUUGCCUUGUAAUUAAAGUGUUUUCUAAAUAUCUAUAUUUAUACUUUGUUAGGCUGUUAGUUAUAGUGUUUUGUAAGAAACCAUGGACGGCACCAGUUUUAAGAAGAUGGAUUAAUAAAAUUUCACUCUGAAUUAUCAACAUAUUUUAAAAAGAAUUUUAAUAGGACAUGAGGUUGGCCUUCUUCAAGUCUGAACAUUUGUAUCAGCUUUGUGUUAUUUUAUCUGUUGUUAUUUUAUGAAUUUUAAUGAAUGUAGCUACUCCAAGUAAAUAAUGUAUAUUUUAUUUCACUGUCGUACUUCCUCAGCUAUAUACACCUGUAUAUAUAUUUCACUAUUAACUUAUAUGUAUGGAACAAAUGUGUAUGGAAUUCAGUUAAUGUUACAAGACAAGGAAUGGCAAUGAAAUAAAGGUUUUCUCAAAUCAUUUUGUUAUGUUGAAUAGACGGAAGUGUGAUAGAUGAUAUUAUCAAUCACAUUAAACAAGCAUUUGUAUAAUAUUACCAUUAUUUUCAGUUUAAUUUCAGGGUAUAUUAAUUAUUAUUAUCAGUAAAAUAGAAAUUUAAUUUGUCCGAUCUCAGAUCUGUGUACCUCCUUUUCAACAUGUUCCAUGUGCAUUUGCCAAUAUGUUGUUGAUUUUUUUUUUUUUUCCUUUUUUUAAAAGAAAAACAAAUAUUAAGUCAUUUUCCAGUUAUCUGAGGUAUAAUGUAAUAAAAUAUAGAGAAAAAUAAACAAAAUAAAAUAUUUCACAUCUCCUA